AUGAUGCCGCACAGGGACGGGAAGACAGGGCAUAUGAUCAGGUGCUUUGGGUGCUGCAGUGUUGUCUGCCGUAGGGCGUCGAGGUCUGUUCUCCUAUCAAAUGUGCAGAUUAAGGUGUACUCAACGGAUACUCCGACGGGAUAUGUAAGGUGCACAAGAGACAGCUAUAUGGCGUACUCAUGCAAAUGCACCGUGAUCGAUGUAGAAUGUAAGUGCUGCCGUAUGAUUCUAGGAUACCACAUCCUACAUCCAUGUGGAUCAUGCAUGACAGGGUGGAGCAGCGGGCACAGAUGGAUCUUCGACACAAGCUCAGUCAUUUCCACGCCCAAGAAAGCGAGUCUGAAGGAUGGGCUGAAUGGAUCCACGACACAUCACGAUCAGGGAGAUGGCGAGGUAAAGAUAAGGUAG